GUGUGUGGUCUAAGCACCAAAUUGUGAAGAUGGCUGACGACAGAGAUAAAGCUACUGACCAAAUGAAGACAUGGAAGGCGAAUCGAGGUUCUCAGAAACCAGAUGUGCUGACCACAGGCGGUGGCCAUCCAGUGGGAGACAAAUUGAACUUGCAGACUGCAGGACCAAGAGGGCCGCUGCUGGUUCAAGAUGUAGUCUUCACAGAUGAGAUGGCCCACUUUGACCGUGAGCGAAUCCCAGAGAGAGUGGUCCAUGCCAAAGGGGCAGGGGCGUUUGGCUACUUUGAGGUCACUCAUGACAUCACUCGCUACUGCAAAGCCAAAGUGUUUGAGCAUGUCGGCAAGACUACACCAAUUGCUGUCCGCUUCUCCACUGUGGCUGGAGAGUCUGGGUCUGCAGACACUGUGCGUGACCCUCGAGGUUUUGCAGUCAAGUUUUACACUGAAGAUGGCAACUGGGACCUGACGGGCAACAAUACCCCAAUUUUCUUCAUCAGGGAUGCCAUGCUGUUCCCAUCCUUCAUCCAUUCCCAGAAGCGCAAUCCCCAAACCCACAUGAAAGACCCUGACAUGGUGUGGGACUUCUGGAGUUUGAGGCCCGAGAGUCUGCAUCAGGUGUCUUUCUUGUUCAGCGAUCGAGGUUUGCCUGAUGGCCACCGUCACAUGAAUGGCUACGGCUCUCACACCUUCAAACUGGUCAAUGCCGAUGGUGAACGUGUCUACUGCAAAUUCCACUAUAAGACGGAUCAAGGAAUAAAGAAUUUGACGGUGGAAGAGGCAGACCGCCUGGCAGCCACCAACCCAGAUUAUGGAAUUGCAGACCUGUUCAAUGCUAUUGCUAAUGGAAACUACCCAUCCUGGACCUUUUACAUCCAGGUCAUGACCUUUGAGCAGGCUGAGAAGUUCCGGUUCAACCCGUUUGAUCUUACAAAGGUUUGGUCACACAAAGAAUACCCACUGAUCCCUGUGGGCAAACUGGUUCUGAACAGGAACCCAGUCAACUACUUUGCAGAGGUGGAGCAGGCGGCCUUUGACCCAAGCAACAUGCCACCAGGCAUCGAGCCCAGCCCUGACAAGAUGCUGCAGGGUCGCCUCUUCUCCUACCCAGACACGCAUCGUCACCGGCUGGGAGCAAACUACCUGCAGAUCCCUGUCAACUGCCCCUUCAGGGCUCGUGUGGCCAACUACCAGCGUGAUGGUCCGAUGUGCAUGCAUGACAACCAAGGUGGCGCUCCAAACUACUACCCUAACAGCUUCAGUGCCCCAGAGACUCAGCCUCAGUUUAUGGAGUCCAAGUUCUGCGUGUCUGCAGAUGUUGCUCGUUACAACAGCUCAGAUGAAGACAAUGUCACACAGGUUCGCACCUUCUACACUCAGGUCCUGAAUGAGGAGGAGCGACAGAGACUUUGCCAGAACAUGGCAGGGUCCCUGAAAGGAGCCCAGCUCUUCAUCCAGAAACGCAUGGUCGAGAAUUUGAAGGCUGCCCAUCCAGACUAUGGAAACAGAGUUGAGACUCUUCUCAAGAAGUACAAUGCGGAGGCCAAGAAGGACGCUGCCUUGCAUGUUUACAGCCGUCCAGGAGCCGCUGCCAUCGCCGCGUCCUCUAAGAUGUGAUGCCUUAAAUUUCAAGCGAGCAAAUGCACUUGCGUCAUAACUGACCACUACUGAAAUGGAACAAUAUUAGAUCCAUCAGGAAAGGCUCAAAAUACAAGUAAUCUGGCUUUUACUGUUGUGGCUAAUUGGUUUUUGAUUCAGUUUUUCCAAGCAAUUUAUUUCUCUAAAUUGUCAGCACUGUGCAUUGUGAGCUGCACCACAACCAGGUUGCAAUAAAGUCACCAUGAUAAUACCGCAGUUUUUUUUUUUUUUUUUUUUUUUU